UUCGAAACGCGUCCACCAUCGAUCCGCACCUUUUUCUCCUUAACUCUUCUUCGGUUAUCCCUGCCUCCAAGAAUUACGCUUUUUGAUCCAUCAAUGUCACCGGUGGUGGUUGAAGGAACGCGACUCGAACCGGCAGUGAAUAAUCGUAACCCCAUCGUAGACGGUGCAGCGCGUUCGAUCGGAAAAACGAGUACGUGAGCUCGCGUUUAUAUCCGUGCGCGGCACACAGCUGCGCGAGAAACGUAAUUACCAACGGCAGAGCCGUGGAUUUUCUGCUAUGGCACGUAUAUCGUUUCCAGCCGACUCUGCUCUUGUUUGCUCAACUAAGCGUCUUAACGAAUUGCCACGAACGCGCGUCUCCGUCCUCCUACAUCCUACACGAACGAACGCUUUCCCUCUUUUACCCGCCAACGAGGACUCGCAACGAUCCACCGGCUGUGUUUCUUCCUCCGUUCGGUCGCGAAAAAAUCGGAAAAUCGAGCAAGUGCGGAGAAUGCUUUAGAUAAUCGCGUAUACCUGUAACAACAGAGGGAGGUAGCGACGAUUAAAAUUAUCGCAGCCAUCUGUUGCGAUAAACGCCAACGAUCCGCACUCGCGAAUCAUUUUUGCGUCGAAUCUUACCGGUAUCCAUCUCGUAUUUUCGAGACAGCGAAGAAAAGGGACGCUUUCGUUGCUAAUCGUAAAACCGGCCUCGCCUGCUGGUUGUAGUAAACGAAAAUUAAUCGCGAUAAUUACUUUCCUUCGACGUUGAAAAACUUUAACGACAACGAACGGUAAAGCGUGGAGCUGUCGUUUGUAGUCGCGUUAAUUUAACUGGAAUUAUACGUCGUAAAAGUUGCACGCUCGAGGCGAUCGACGAUGUCGUUUAUUUAUUUGUUGCAAAGCCGAUUACCGGCAAAACCCGGGCUGAAAAUAUCAAACGUUCCUACGGUAUUCGCGAUGAAAGGGUUAUAUAGGUUAAAUCACGGGCAGUGGGCAGUGAGAAGUAGGCGGGCUGGGCAAUGCCGAUUUUCCAGUAAAAAAUUAUUAUAGCCAGUCGUGCAGGGGGUAGUUUCUUGGACGAAAGGAACGGCUCGUUUGCAUUUCACGUUAAUAACGAGACCAUGUGGCACCGAAGGCAACCAGCCGGCGACUAGGUAGGGCUGUGCUCCGAUAAAAUAAAAUUCCUCCUCUACCUACCGGGAGCUGCGCGCCACGUGGAUCUUAAACAUUACUCGCCGCUUCUCUUCCGUCUAAUUUCCAUUCUCGUAAUCUUGUCCGUAUCGACACCGAACGCUUUGUAUUGGACGCUUCUUUGUCGCGUAACUGCAACCGGUGCUGGGGAACGUUCAAUUAGUCGAAUAUUCCGAGCGAGUCGGUGAAUCGCGAUACGUUCUGGCCGGUUGCGCUGCUUCGUAAAAUUGCUGCUUGGUCGUUCCAUUAAAAUCAGUCAUCGGUAUGCACCGUGGAGUGCUCGUGGACGAGCACGUAGACGAAAUAUGCGACCGCGGCAAUCGUGAAAUGGAAUCGAUCAAAUGCGAAUCGUGGUCGCGAUGUCGCGCAUACGCAUCCCGGUUUGCUCGUUUCCCAAUUCCCUUUGCCUCCCGAAGCGACGCGACGCCGACGCUUUGAUUUUUUUCAAACGGCUCGCGUAAACUUGUCGUAAAAAUGCGAAACAACGGGAGACAGGAAUAAACAAAGCAAGCUGUUGGCGGACGGGCAUGAAAGCGGAGGGUGGAAUGGCAGCCGCCACGGUCCUGCACAAGGUGAAGGUGAAGGAGGAGACGAAGGAAUGCUGCGGUUAUCAGCAAUCGUCGUCGACGUGUUCGACCUCGUCGGGAAGUUCGGGCAUCGCAACGGUGACGGGUUCGAGUGCGAGCACCCACGCCACCACCGUCACCACCCUCAGCAACGGUAGCGGCAACGAUACCGGCAGCGACAACGGAAGCGGAAAUGGUGUUUCCAGCCACCUUGCGGUAGCCGCACCGUCGACCACCGCACUACCGAACGCAUCCCCUGCCAGUACUGCCGUUGUUUGUCAUCCGAGCACGCCGGCACCUUCGCACCUCGCCAACGCCGAUCCGUUCCCCGUCGAUCUCGAUCUCAAGACCAAGGCCAAGGCAAGUUCCACGGCGAGAGAGAAAGCGACGCGGGAAGAGGGCCAAUCGGAAGUACACUCGCCACCUUCUCAUCAUCAAAGGAUUCCAACUGCUGCAUCCAGCAAUCAACAAAAGCAGAGCAACGGUCUGCGGUGCGAGUACAAAGGCGCAACCGCUUGCUCGAGAUCCUCUGACAACGACAGUCCUUUACCUUCGCACCCACUGAAACCGGAAUUCGAGGAUGCGAUCGGUGCUGGAGGCGGUGGUAAUGGCGGUAACGGUGGUAGCGAUGGAAGUGCCAAUGCAGGAGCUGCUACCGGGUGUAGGACGGAAGAGCAAAGCGAUGUAUCUGUGUCGUCGAAUAACAGCACCGGUAGCAGAUGCAUCGCCGGUGUUUUCGCCGGCCACACCGAGCUCAAAAGCGUGCUCGGCACCGUCGUGAAAUUCGCCACCGGUAUAUCUCCGGACACCGGCGACACUGUGCUCACCCUCGUGUUGGCACUACUGAGCGGCGGUAUGACGGCAGAAGAAUUUCACUCGGCGCUACAGGAAGCGACCAACUACUCCCUUAAAGGCUUCGUACUGCCGCACUUGAAGCAACAAUUACCUUCGUUGCAAAGAGACCUGAGCAACGCCGCUAGAACGAGCAAUCAGAGUUGCGCGCAGUUCUUGCGAUCGAACGAGGCGGCAAUUCUGGAGGCCGUCGGCUUAGUAUCCCCUGGAGAGUCGGUCGAAGUUUUUGGAGAACACGCUGGAAACGGCGGCAAUCAGUGUUCCGCUCAUUACGGGAUGCGGUCUAAUUCUAAUCCCGGUGUUGGUGGUAAUCCUCACGUGAACAACACGCCAGCCAAUCUGCAUCAUUAUUCCGGUAGCGCGUCGCACGCGCCGAAGCGUCGUGCCUCGGACACCCCGUACUACGAAAACGGCGCUCUACUCGACGACAUCCCGAUGUACGGGAAGAGGCUAACGAAUCCCUGGAGUCAUCAUCAUCCGCCGCAACAGCAACAACCCUCUACCGAUGGUUCAUCCCCUUACUGUUGGUACCAUCCGUUGCAUUCGUCGAGCGGAUCGAUUCAAAGCCACGGGCAUCGUCUCAGUCACAAUCACGGCCAUGGACAUGGUCAUGGUCAUGGUCAUGUACACGGUCACGGACAUGGUCACAGCCAUGGACCUAGUCCAAUACCGCCUAAUCCCGUGCAAAUGAAUCAAAUGAACCCAUUUUCUGGAUCCCAUCAUCUAGCUCAGCAGCCGCAACAGCAGCAGCAGCAGAUGAGCCAUGUCCAAACGCAAAACGGAAGCCUCGAUGACGAGUGGAAAAACAUUCAUAUGAUGUUAAACUGUAUCCUCGGUAUGGUGGAGAAGACGAAGAAAGCCUUGGCCAUUUUGCAGACUCGCGGUUGCUUUGGUCCAGCCGCGACGGUACCUCCAACUCCGGUCGGGGCUCAAAACGGAAACAGUAAUACCGUUACCGUCAACAAUCCAUCCUCGACGAAUGGUUCUCAGGUAGAGUCUUCGACCGGGGAUCGCGAGGGUAGUUUGAAGCGAUUGUCCGGAGAGAUCGUAGCCCAGACCAUCAGAGCCAUCGAAGACAAGGUCGCAGAAUUGCAGAGGAAGGAUGAAGAAGCGGUGAAAAGGGCUGUGAUGGCGGAAGUCCAGCGCGCCGUGAGAGCAGCAGUGGCCGAAACGAGGACGAACGAACGGCUGCGAGUUCAUCGAUUACUCGACACUCCGUUGUCUCAGCGAAAUCACGGUGCUCUUCGUCAAGGACCGUAUCUACGCGUCCACGGUAACCCCGGCGCAGUGGACACGAGUCCCAGAACCGUUACAACACCGACUAGCGUUUCAAAUUCGAUACCGUCGACCACGGAAGAUGAAAAAGAGUCGCACUUACAAACCGUCUCCGGAUCCAGCUGUUGGAACUGCGGUAGACCCGCUUUGGAGACUUGCGGUGGCUGCGGAAUUGCACGGUACUGCGGUUCCUUCUGUCAGCAUCGCGACUGGGAAGCAGGAGGUCAUCACGCCACUUGUAACAAUCCUCCGCAUCGCGAACCUCGAAGAUCGACAUCCCGAAGUCCUCCUAGGGUCGCCAGUGGCGGCCUCUCGACCACCGUUAACGAAGCGACAGUCGCCUCGCCAAUAGCAGCCGGUGUUACCACCAAAGGGAAGUGACGUCAUCACGCGAAAUCUCAUCCUCGAAGAUUCACUAGCUCGAUCCAACACGAUUCGCGUUAAUUAUUCGACCGUCUCUUCUUUACCGAAUCAUACAUCUUCUGCUCCUGUCUUUCCCAUCCUUCUAUCCUUUUCGACCACAUUCUCUUUGCAAUCCAUCCUAUGUCGUUGCACACUUUCUAUGAGAAACUUUGUUCCUUCUUCAUCGAAGAUGUAUCUUUGAGGUAGCAUUCAUGUUUGUACCCUCUACGAUCGUUCUGUUUCAUCGUUCGACAAAUUUCUUCGUUAGAGUAGCGAAAGCAGCGGUGCAUGUACAUAUGUUGUAUCGGUGUUCGAUCGAAACGCUAAAUUAGAAAGAAACUGAAAAUAUGUACAGUUUCGGAUCGUAGAUGAUUCGAAGAAGCAAUAAUAAUAACACCGCAAGUAUCGAAUACGAGAAAUAAUUAUAAAUCGGAAGUAAUUCUAUUUCCGUGCGAAGAAACGAGAAGAAAUAAUGCCGCCCAAAGAAACAAACGAUCCGAUAAUCGUAAUCGUUACGAUAACCAGGUUAACGAGAUAUACAUAUACAUGUUAUGCUCUCUUUAUGCGCCUAACAGGCAAGGGAACGUUCGUUUUUUUUUUUUUUUUUUUUUU